AUGCGUUGUGGCGUCCUCCGAGCCACAUUUAUACGUUAUGUGGAGCGUAUACUUUACCCAAGAGUAGGUGUCUUUUCAGGUGCGGCAUCAAGCUCGUCUCGUUUAAUUAGCUCUAUGAACUCGAACGGCGCGGGCAGCACACACUGUGCACAGCCCAACGAAAAGGACGGUUCCAAGGAUAUAGGAGACCUGGCCUGGCGAGCGAAGCUCAACACCACACAGUACCGUGUGUUGCGACAGAAGUCUACAGACCCUAGGGGAGGCUCCUACGAUGACUUUUUCGGGGACGGCAUUUAUGUGUGUGCGGGUUGUGACACCCCACUCUACACGUCAACCAUGAAGUUUGCCUGCGGCUGCGGCUGGCCUGGGUUUUGGGACUGCUUGCCGAAAGCAGUGCGCGAGGAGCCCGACGCGGACGGGAGACGGACGGAAAUUAUCUGCAACGCAUGUAACGGCCAUUUAGGCCAUGUCUUUCGCCAUGAGGGGUUCAAGAACCCCUUGCCAAAUGAGCGGCAUUGCGUAAACAAUUCAUCCAUCAAGUUUAUCCCAAAGAACUCAAUAUGAUCACCUGAAAAUCUGCCCCUCUCUGUAGUAUGUUUAUCACACCUGUGCAUGGAUUAUCGGUCCAUUUUAAAAGACCUGGCGUGUUAGUAUGUACCACGUGACACUUUUGCUUUAAACUUUCGAGGGUUAGUGAACGGAUCCACUGCUAGGCGUUUUCAUUAGUGGGUUUAUGCGUAUGUGUAUGCCUUCCAUCCACGUAUUGUAAUAUUAGCAAAAAAUGCCAGCAACGGUGGAUAGACGUGAAA